UUCAGUUUUAUUGGAUGAGCUUCAGUUACUGAAGUCUGAGAAUGUGGACAAGGUACUUGGUCAAGCCCAGCCCACCACUUGUUCUUGACCCUUGGCCCCCAUUCUACUUUAGUCUAGAAGGCUAUGAGCAUGUCAUUGAGUAAAGAAGUGAUACCAGCCUCUCUAAAAGAGGGUGUAAUUAAGCCACUCCUGAAAAAUCCAAAUCUGGACCCAGAGUAUGUUAAUUAUAGGUUAGUGACCAACAUCACCUUCCUGGGCAGGGUGCUUGAGCAGGUAGUAGCUGAGCAUCUCCAGGCACUCUUGAAUGAAGCAGACUCUCUGGAUCCAUCUCAGUCAGGCUUCAGGUCUGGUUUUGGAAUGGAAACUUGCCUUGGUCAUCUGUGGGAUGACCUUUGCUGUGAGAAAGAAAGGGGGAGUGCAACCCUGUUGAUUCUCCCAGACCUUUCAGCAGCUUUUGAUGCCAUUGACCAUGGUAUCAAUCUGGAUAGGCUGGCUUGGUUAGGAGUAGGAGGGACUGUAUUGCAGUGGUCCUGCUCCCACUUGGCUGGACAAUUCCAGAAGGUGGUGCUGGGAGAUUAUUGCUCCCUCCCUGCAGGAUUACUGUAAGGUUCUAUUUUAUCCCUUAUGCUAUUAAACAUCUACAUGAAAUUGCAGGGGGAAGUUAUCUGGAGGUAUUGGCUGAGGUACCACCAAUAUGCAAAUAACCACUCUACCUCUGUUUUUCAUCAAAUCCAGGUAAGACAGUGGUCACUCUGAAUCUGAGUCUGACCAAUGGAUUGGAUAAGAGUCAACAAACUAAGACUCAAUCCAGAGAAGCUGGAGGUGCUGUUAUUGGGUGGUUCGCUUGUCCAGUUUGGGUAAUAUUCAACCUGUUCUGGAUGGGGAUACACCAAUGAACAAGGUUUAUAGUUUGGGGUGCUCCUGGACCCAGAGUUGUCACUUAGGGUACAAGUGGACUUUGUUGCACAGAACACUUUGUAUUAGCUCAGACUUUUAUACCAGUGACAGUGCUAUCUGGACUGACAGAGGCUGGAUAACAGGCGUCUAUGCUUUGGUUACUGCUUGUUUAAAUUACUGCUAUGCACUGUAUGUGAGACUGCUUUUGAAAACAUUCCAGGAACUUCAGCUGAUCCAAAACAGGAUAGCAGGACUGUUCAUUGGGACGGGCUUAUGAGAACACUUUAUACCAGUUCUCUUCCAGCAACCCUGGCUGCUGAUUGAAAUCUAGGCCCAAUUCAAAUUGGUAAUGUUAACAUUCAAAGCCCUAAACCUCUUGGAGCCAAGUUAUCUGAAGAAUUGCCUUCUCCCAUAUGUACCUGCCGAGACUCUGAGCUCAUAUUUGGGGGUUCUUCCCUGGGGGACCCUUCCAAAGGAAGUGAUGCUGGUAGCUACCAGGAAGAGGGUACACCAAUUUUAUAAUAAGCUCCCCAGAGAGAUGCAUCUGGCACCUACUUUGUUUUGUUUUUGGUACCAGCAGAAGACCUUUUUAUUUUCCCAGCACUCUAAUAAAUUUGUAAACGUUCUUUUAUAUAUUCCAUUUUAUUCUAUACUACUGCUGUGCUUCUGUGUUAAAUGAUAACAAUCGCAAUUAUGGUUUUGUUCUUUUAAAUUCUUUUAAAUUCUUUUUGUUUGUGUAUCCUUUUAAAUUUUGUUUAAUUUUAACUUAUGUUAACCACCCAGAGGGCCCUGACUAUUAAGUGCUAUAAAAAUGACUUAAAUAGAAUUCAGAUACCUUUAUUUUAAAUAGGGUCGAUAUCUAGAAAUUCCUUAAGUAAUAAUACAGUCUAGACAAAAGACUGCUGUUGUUUUCAGUUUGUUUCAAUUCCUAGUGCAGAAGAACUAGUUUUAUUCUCAUUUCUUUAACCAAAGUAUGCUUGCAAGUUUUUUUGUUUAAUUUACAUUUUUUCUAUCUUUUUUCCCACACACAUGCCCACAGCAAUCACCAUAUGCAAAGAUUUCUUUUCCCUUGUGUAAAGACUCAGGAAUUCUCAAAUGAGACAGAUUCUAGAGACAAUAUGCCUACUAGAGGAAUUGCAGGUUGAACUGUGCUACCCACAGGUGCCUCCUGUUUGUUUGUUGAUAAAACUUUGGUACCAGUGACUUUAAUAAAAUCUUUAAGCAGUUUAUGCAUACAUACUACAAUAUAAAAUGAUACAUAAUUAAAAACAUAAUAGAAAUAUAUUUAUUUAUUUAAAACAUUUCUAUGCCACCCCCAUCGCAACAAAGCCUCGGGCCGGCUCACAAAGAAUGCUAACAAGAAUAUAGAUGCUAACAAUUACUGACACAAUCCAUUACAAACCAGGAAAGUCUGUUUAGAUAAGUUUUCAACAGGUAUUUGAACGUUGCUGCAGUUUCUGCCUCUUGAAUUGUAUAUGGGAACCUGGUGCAGAGAGCAGGCGCCACUCCUUAGAAGACCCACUUUUGUAAUAUUGCAUGGUGACAUUCAGUUGAUUGGGAGACCAAUAAGACCUCAUAUGAGCAUCUUAAGGGCUGCCUGGAUAUAUAUGCCAAGGAAAUUUGAUAUCCUGGUUCUGCAGUAUUCAGAGCCUUAUAUAAGAACAGGACGUUGAACAUAAUUUCAUAGCUAAUACAAAGUGCAAUCUUUAAAUAUAAGCAUAUUAUUAAAUUUAGAUUCCUUCCAAGGAACUGAGCUGCUCUAUUCUCCACUGUCUGCUCCCAAAGAAGAUGCAAGAAGAGUCCCUCAUAGGACUUAGGUAGUUUAAUCAAGAGGUUACCAGUGCAUGAACCACUGAUUCCACAAGACAUGAAAAUACGUUGGAUAUCAGAAUAGCACUGUAUGAAUAGUAGUAGUAGUAUUACAUUGCAUUUAUAUUCUACCUUUUUCCUAUUAUAAGGAACCCAAGACAGCUUACAUAGCUCCAUUGUAUGUGCCUAACAACGGAGAUAGAUUAGGGUGAGAAAGGGUGACUAGCUGAAAGUCAACCACUGUAGAAACUACUACUCCCGUGCCCCCUGUCCAACACUGUAACCACCACAGCACAUUCAUUGGCAUGAAGCUGUCUUGAAUUUUGAAACUCAAGAAAAUUCAGUUGGAUGCUUUCACUGGCACACAGUAGGCACAAUUAUGUAUUCUUAAACACAUUUUGCCCUGUUCAUGGUAAUGUUGCACCCGUUCUCCAACCACAUUCUAACCUGUUUUCAUUGUCUAGAAGUCCCUGAUAAACCAGAAACCUAUCUGAAUUCCACUGUGCUAAAGUCAGCACUUAGUGAUGUUCAUGGCCUUUCACACCUCAUCCUUCCAUGACAUGGCAGCAUCCUUGGCAGAAUACCUGGCCACUAGGAAAUCCCUCAGAGCUUUCAGGAAUCCACCAGAUUUAGUAUAUCUCUGGGAAAGGACCACCUUAAAAGUUCCUCUAUAUCUGUCAGAAGGGACAAGCACCAUGAGACCAAGUUGACUGACCAUAACAGUGGGGUAAUUUAUAUCCAGACCAUCCCCCUUAUAUCCUGGAGUAAAGCCUGAUUCAAGGAUAUACCCUACUUGAGUGUCAGAUCCCAUGGUUGUGUUGGAGACCAUGAAAUGUUGAGCCAGCCCUGUUAAGGCCACAGGGCUGGGUGAGGUCCAUCAGGAAUCUCAGAGUUCUCAAAAACUACUUCUGAGACAACUUCAGACACCUUGUUCUGGAAGGUCAAAUGACAAUGGGUGGCUGACAAGUAAGAUGGAAUUUUUAUGGAUCAUGGAACCUCCCGCCUGGUUUGCUGCUGAACUGAAUACCCAGGCAGGCAAAACUAGGUCACAUUGACACUGCCCAGCUCACUUAUUCGGGUUUCUGUAAUGCACAGCAGCUUCCCUCCAUCAUCCAUAAUCAUAUCAUGGUGAGGUAGAUGUUAUUAUGGAGUAUAAACAGCAUUAUAAACCUGACUAUCACAAUCAAAUGACCAGUAAGCGAAUGCAGUUCAGCCUGGCCCUGUUGCUUGAAUCUGGCAAAUAAUCUAGUGAGAUCAAUCUCAUCUAGUUUAGCUUCUCCACAUCCUGUUUCUAAAAUCGCUACAUUUGCAGCCAUUCUGAAACCUGACAUUGCCUGCCUCAGAUAGUAGGAUCCUUUGAUCUCCACGUGACUGACAUCUUGUUCCCUCCUGACCUUCACUUUCUGCCCCUUCAUUAGCUGGGAUGCCAGCUUCCAUCAAAGACAACCAUGUGUUGUCUUGCUCUCAAUUUCCUUUUCCUUCAGUUCCCAAUGUAGAAAAUAAACCCAUGAGGAACUACUGGGGAAGAUAGAAAACAGCAAGUAUCACUUUCCCAUAGUCAACAGCUGCUUUAUAACAAUAGCUAAGAUGAAAGCAGUUCUAUUUAUCCAUUAACGUGCAUCUUAGGAAAAAAAUGCCAUUUUAUGCACCUGUUUGUUUUAAUUUUUUAUAAAUACUGGAGUAUUCAUUUACUUUCUGUAAUCUCCUACAAAAUGAUGUUCAUAUAACUCUCAGUUGAUUGCAAAAGGCAUAGUAUUGAAUGUGAGUAACAAGCUCUGGUUAAGACUCAAACUAACAUCUCAGACUUCAGCACAAAUCCACAAGAUUAGCAGGGAAAUCCAAGUGGCAUAUUUUUAAGUAGCUCUUUAACACUUCUAUACAUACUGGUUCUUUUUUUGUUGAUUAUGCUAAUAAUUAAUUUUAUGAAAUAGUGCAUACCUAAAAACAGAAAUUUCCAUACCAUAUUAUUGAUGAGAUUAUAAUUUGUUCCUUUUUAGCUUGACUUUCUUUGGGCUUUUUCUUUUCAUAUUCUUGUAAAUAAUUUAUGAUUCAGGUAUUAGUUAUCACCUAAAUGAGGUUUCUAAGUUGUAGGAUAUACCACCAAAGGUUCCUAGGAAUCUGCUUAUAUUUCUGGGAAAAGAAAGGAUAGUUCUCAUUGCUAUUAGUUCUCUGUAUAUGCAAAUCUCUUGUUUCUUAAAGAUGCAAAACAUUGCUUGUAUUUGUUAUAAGGUCUUGUCAACUUUUACUACAAAUGCUUUUACAUCUUUAAGUUACACACAGACACACAUAUGUGACUCGCAAAUAUGUCACACACUCCACUUUGAGAAAUUCUUGUUUUGGGAACUGAAAAAGAACUGACGGUGUGCUAGAUUGAAAUAUAUAUUGAAGUAUUGCUAUCUCUUUCAGUGUACUUGAUCUUAUGGUUGUUCUAUUCUUUGUAAAGAAUCAACAUACCAUACAUCACAAUUUAAAACAUAUAACUAAUAAGUGGAUGCAUAAGAAUCGAAAAUACAAAUUGGGUGAAUCUUGUAAUGAGUGGGAGAUUUAAAACAUUAUUGAAAUAAACUCCAAAUAGCAACAUAUUAAACUCAUUAUCUAGGUUUUUGGCUAUAGCAGUCUUUUGACUAUUCCUGCCGCUCUGUGUGAUGAAUGGAAGAGGAACAAUUUUCAAAAGAUCGCUCUUUGGCUGGUAUGUGCCAACUCAUUAGGUGUUCAGUGAGUAUUGGCAAGAAUGACUGGUAGCCCAUGGUACUUGGCAUGCCACUAUCAUGACUUUUAUCUCAUUUCCUAUAUUUAAGUGAUAAAAGAUUCUAGUAUUCUUUAAGUAUCUGCUAGAGCAAGUUAAUUAAUGUUUAUACAUGUGACAGACACCGAUUUAUUAAUAGACUAAGCAUUUCUUGACUAUUGGAUAUGUUACAACUGAAUUGGAGUAUAUUAAUCUUAAACUACAUGCUAAUAUAUGAGACUUCAAGAUUUUAAAAAUGAAUACGAACUAUGAACUAUGUAUUGAACGAUGGAAGCAGUAUGAGAAAAAGGAACUAUUUGAAAAUACUGCAUAAUAGAAUGGAAAAAAAGCAUUUACAGGAUAAUUCUAUGCAUGAUUACUUAGGGUACAGUACUAUGUGACUGUAUGUAACAUUCUAAACUUUGAAGGUUAGACAUCGAAUUGAGAGAAGAGGAGUGUGGCAGCAAGGUUAGGCUCUGCAGUUCCCUCAUCAAGAACAUUUAGACAACCAAUUUCAGCAAUCUCACAAACAGUCUCUUUGGCUUCUCAACAAGGAGGUGGGCUGAGGCAACACCUGGAUUAUUGGAAGCUAGCAAUGCCUUGUACCUACCUGUCCGCCGGAACAGCCCCUAACACCUGCACCAAAGGUAUCAAGCAUGCAUAAUAUAUGACAAAAGACUGAAAAAAGAAAUACUUGAUCCCUGAAGUUUAUAGAAGAAAAUAUUUUUUGCUUUGGAAUUGUGGUAUAAAUAAGCCUUUUUGUUCAUCUGCAUAAAUGCAAGCAUAUAGUACAACAGAGAUGGAUAGAAAUGGAAGUUUAAGCCUUCUACAAAGACUUAAAGGAAGCAUCAUUCAAGGAUCGUUGCGCCUAGUUUGUAUCCAGUUGUGUAGAAGCCUUUAGACUUCCUUAUUAAGCCGAAUCUCAAUUCACCUAUAACAAAUUAGACAUUAAAGUAAAUAAAAAGGAAGCCUUUGUGGAUAUUUGUCUUGAACAUGACUCAUGGAGAAGAGCUUGUCUCUGAGAUGCACCAGGAUUCCAUUGUUCUAACUUACCUAGAGGGAUUACUAAUGCAUCAGGCAACAGGAGGUUCCGGUUCUGUAGUUGACAAAAAGUCUGGUGAGUCUGGUGCAGAGGAUCAGAACAUCAAGGUUUCUGGAAAUACAUCUCCCAGCUGUCAGAGAGAUGGUCCAGUCCCUAGCACACUUACGCAUCGAAGUUCUGGAAUGCUACACCACAAAAAGGCAAGGUUGUUACAGUCUUCUGAAGACUGGAAUGCUGCAAAGAGAAGACGGUUGUCUGAUUCUAUUGUGGAUUUAAAUGGAAAAAAAGAAGCUUUGUUAGCUGGAAUGGUUGAAAAUGUGCCUAAAGGGAAACAGGAUAGCACAUUACUGGCCUCUUUGCUUCAGUCAUUCAGCUCUAGGCUUCAGAGUGUUGCUUUGUCACAACAGAUUAGGCAGACUCUUAAGGAACAAGGGUAUUCCCUCAGUCAUGAUUCUCUGCAAGUUGAAAAAGACUUAAGGUGCUAUGGUGUUGCAUCCAGUCACUUAAAAACUCUGUUGAAGAACAGCAAAGCAAAAGAUGAAAAGCUGGAGACAAGUCUGCCUGAGCUAACAACAAACCUGGUUAAGGAUCGGUUUAUAGAGUCUUCACAUGCAGGACAGAGUGGUCCAAAGGUGAUGAAUGAAUCACUGUCCUGUGCUGCAAGGUUGCAAGCUGUUGCGAGCAUGGUGGAAAAAAGGUCUAGUCCUGCUACAUCUCCUAAACCCAGUGUGGCUUGUAGCCAGCUAGCUUUGCUUCUUUCAAGUGAAGCACAUUUGCAACAGUAUUCCAGGGAACAUGCUCUGAAAGCACAAAAUGCAAGUCAAAUUGCAAGUGAGAGACUUGCUGCUAUGGCAAGAUUAAAAGAAAGUAUUCCAAAAGAUGUUGGUCAUUUCAAGCUGUCUAAAGGAAUGGAAAGCCAUCUGAAUGGUCAUGUAAGAUCAUCAGCCAAAUCAAUAGCCAACAAAAGCAAUAUGACACAUUUUCAGAGUCCUAUGGGCAUAAUUCAUUCAUCUCCCAAAAUCAUAGGCUACAAAGCAACAGUGGAAAAAAAUCAUUUGAAACCACCUACCAAUAGUAGUUUACUUCUCCAUCUCCUUAAAAAUCACAAUGCCACUAAGCAGACAAAAGGGUAUGAACAGAAUGAAAGAGCUAGUGUUUUUGAAGAGAGUAGCACACCAACUACUGUUGAUGAGUACUCUGACAAUAAUCCAAGUUUUACAGAAGAUGACAGUAGUGAUGAUGAAAGUUCCAAUUCUAAUUGUCUUCCUAUAGAUUUAUCUUUGAAACAGAAAGCAAAUAAAAUAGAUUCUGCACAGACCACUUCUCUAGAUAAUUUAACCCAAUCCUUUCUUCAUAACUGGGAUUCAAAAGUUCCAUGCCUAGAACACACAGAAGAGAAAGAUUCUUCUAAAAGUGCAAAACUGAAUCCACAUCAGAAAGUAACUUUGCUUCAAUUAUUACUUGGCCACAAAAAUGAAGACAAUGUAGAGAAAAUAAUGGAAACAGAGGGAACAUUAGUUACAUCUGAUGUGACAAAAUUCAGUUUACCAAUGGGUAACAGAACUCCUGUAACAGAAUGCUCUGGUACAAAUCGAAUUACUCCAAUAAACACUCCCCCUUUGCUAUCUACUACAAAAGCAGAUUCACCUAUUAACCUUUCACAUCAUUCUCCUUUAUUGAUCAAGCAUAAUUCACCACCAUACACUUGCAUCAUACAGCCUGAGAGACUAAUUAAUCCAGCCUCUAAGCAUUUGAUAGAUCUUACAGUACACAAAGAACUUCAAGGAAAUAAACAAAACAGAAAAGAAACUGUACAAACAUCUUCAUCUUUUAGUGCAAGUAAACUGUUGCAGAACUUAGCCCAAUGUGGUAUGCAGUCUUCCAUGUCAAUGGAUGAGCAAAGGCAAACAGGCAAACAGAUGAUGCUUCUAAAUACAGAAAAACCAGUAGGAUUGAUAGAUGGACUAAAUAGUUCCCUGCUUACUAACACAUCAAGUACAAUCGAGGAAAGCAAAAUACUCAGUAGUCAGAGUCUACCAACAGAACAAAAAUUUCCCAGUUCAGAAAUCCAGAAUUUGCUUGAAAGACGCACUGUCCUCCAGCUCCUUCUGGGAACCUCCAAUAAAGUUAUGAGUAAAACAAAAGACAGGAUUCUUUCAAAAGAAGAGAAUUUUCAAGAUGUGACAGAAAAGACGUUGAAUGAACAAAUAUUAACUGUAAAAAUAAAAGCGGAACCUUCUGAAGAAUUAAACCCCCUUCAGAAUCCAAAUGCACAACAAAUAAGGGAAAGUGUCAAUAAGAAGUUUCAUGGAAUAGCUCAUUCAUCAGAGAGAAAUGCAGCCACGUCUCCAGCACCAGAGGAAUUUAAACCCAACCCCCUUUCACCUCAAGACUUUUCUUUUUCAAAGAAUGGCCUUCUAAGCCGAUUGCUGAGACAGAAUCAAGAUAGCUACCCCACAGAUGAAUUUGACAGGAACCACAGAAAUAAUGAACGGACAUUCGUGGAAUCAAAAACUCAGAGCACAAUCCCAAAAAAGAGGAAACUGCAUUCUGAGCCUUCAGAAGGGCCUUUAAAAAUACUAAAAAGUAGCAAAAGUAAUAUAUCUGAUGUUGCAAACCAUCCUAAGUCUUCUGCAGAUGCCUUGUAUGGAACUGGGCUUACCCAGAAAGAACUUAAAUUUAGCAGAACUGAUCUUGAAUUAAAAUAUUCUUCAGGCCAUGGUCCAAGUAACGAAGCUGAGAGCAGGAGCUGGGCUAAAGAAAGCAAAGGAUUCAAUGUAUUGAAACAAUUGCUUCUGUCAGAAAAUUGUGAAAAAGACAUGUCUCAGCAUAGGAAUAAUUCAACCAUAAGUGAUGGUAAAAAUAAAGGAAACAAAAAUAUGAAAGCUGAAUUCAGUGUUGCUUCAGUACAUUCAGUAGUGGCAAAUCCUGGUCAACAAAGCAAUUGUUUGGAUCACCGAACAUUUCAGUAUUCAGUUGCAAUGAAGAGUCCUGCUAAUUCUCCCUUUGCAGAACACUUGGGCAGCACUUUAUCAUCAAAACCGGAAUGUGACCAGUUCAGUGUUUGCCAUGUACCUAAUGAAAGGGGACCUAUAAAGUGGGUUAUCACAGAUACAGACAAAAAUGAACAUGAGAGAGACUCCCCAAGGCUGACCAAAACUAAUCCAAUACUGUAUUACAUGUUGCAAAAGGGAGGGAGUUCUGUUAACAUUCAGGAAGCACACGGCAAAGAUGUUUGGAGUGAUGCAUUUACAGAAAAUGCAUCGGCUGUCACAUGCAAGAAAGAAAUGUCACCUGCGACAGAACGUAAAAUACCAUUUCAUAAUGUAAGAAAUACAUACAGUAGCCAUUCAAAUAAUAAGGUGUCCCUUCAACACAAUGUGAAUGGAGAAGUAUAUGGACUCUUAGAAAAAGUGUUAACAAUAAAAAAAGAACCAGAGUAAAUUAUAAUUCUAUGAAGUGUUUACAGAGUCAGGUUUAUGUUUUUUCCCCUUUUAAAAAUAGUGUUGUAUAAAACUAGCAUGAUUUGAGAAAAGCAUGGUAUAACUAAAACUUGGUUUUGUUUGAGGAACUUUUUGCUGAUAAAUACAUGCAGUUCUUUAUUUUUUAUUUUUGUGUUACAGGAAAUCUGUCACUAGUAUCUUCAUGAGCUGUUAAUUCUAUAAAUUCCCGUGAUACAUUUGUUAUCGGAGAUAGAGGCCUGUAAUUUUCCUGGCACAGUGUAUUCCGCCACUAGAAGCCUGGCACAAUGGUCUCAUAAAGUAUGAACAUUCUGUCCCAUGUAAUUCAGCUUAUUCAUACAUGUCUAAAUCAUGCAGGCAAUGGACCACAGACCUCAUAAGGACCUUGUAAUCAUGGAUUAUGCCCAGUGUUAGAGUAGACUCAUUGAAAUUAAUGGGCGUAAACUAACAUUGGAGUUAGCAUAUGGCAAGGAACUGAACCACUUGGGUAGAAUUUUUUGGAUAUACCUGGGCUAUUGCAGAAACAAUCACAGAAGCAACAGAAACUAAGGUGAGAAAUGUAAAAAGGAUCUUAGUUGAACCACUGGUAUUAGCAUGUAAUGUAAUGUAAUAUACAACUUACAGUGGUACACCAUUUCAUGCUCAUACAUGAUAUAUUUUCAUUUUUGAAAUUCUGAUUUUUGGGACAGUAUAAUUUUGUGUUUUUCAUACAUUUAUGAAAUGUGAUUUUUUUUAUAUAAAUGGAACAUUCAGACCAAGAGAUUUGUUCAUUGUACUUUAAAUUUCAUCAGUAUUAGCUAGAGAAAUGUAUCAAAAUGAAACUUUUAGUGCUUCCAAAUGGCUUUUUAUUGCAUUUUGAUAUCUGGGAGAACCACAAGAACUAUAUUAUGUCUUUUUCUAGUUGCAUUUGGAAAAUGCCUUCCCAAGACACUCAGCCAGAAUAAAUAUAAAAUUUGGUUUAUGACUUUGCAUUUUUAUAUAAAGCUAGAUUUACAGUAAAAGUCUCUUACCCAGUUUCACAUGCUUCUUCAUUUACACACAGCCAAGUCAUCCAGUGAAAUUAACGCAUAGAGAAAGUUCAGUUUUCCAGAAUCAGUGUUGAUUUGUAUAUAAAACAGAGAAAAUACAAUGGUUAAUCCAUUCCCUUGGUCUCUUUUCUCAUCAGUCCAUGCAUGUGUACAACACAAGCGCUGCUAAAGUAUGGAAAAAUAAUAUGUUGUUGAGGUGUUUUUAGAAUAUGUAACAAUUUUAGCUGGUUUAUGCAUAGGCCAUUAACUUUUAAUAUUCCAAAAUUAAGGGGUUAUUAUAGAUCGGAAGAGUGGAAUGACACUUUUAAAAUUGCUUUUAAGAAUGCAUGAAACAAACGAACAAAACCCAUACUUAUUUCAGUGUAGAUACUAGUCAAGACAUUAUCCUAACACAUCAUUAGGUCUGGAGAAAUUGGUGAAGUCAACAAGUAGACCUUUCCCAAUUUGAAAAUAAGCUUUCAUUUAAUAGACUAUCCUGUUCAUAAAUGAAUAGCAAUGUGUGAGCAACUGGCCAAAAAUCCUCACUGUUAUUAACAGCCUUCUUUUUCCCAUCCUCAAAAAGAUUUUCUGGGUACACUAAUUGAUUUUGCCUUAAAUUUCACUUUAGAUAAAUUUCUGCCUACUGCAAUGACUUGAAACACAUCACAUUCUAAAUCAGGAUAUUAAUUAAGAAAGUGAAACGCUAAUUAUUUGGAAUGUUUGGUUACUCAUAGUAACAUUUCUAACAGUUUUUACUACUCUGCAGAAUAUUCUGUGAAUUUCUUAAAAACAACAAUAACUAUGCAACAACAAAAAGUUAUUGACACCUAAUCAAAUAUAGUUGAAGCCUUCCAUUAAUUUUGAAGGGUAAGCAUGUACAUUACUGCUAACUGGAUAAUACUUCAUAUUUUUCAUAAAUUUCUGUCCAUUAUGAACCUGGAUUGAGUUGUAAAUGUUAUUUAGGUAUCAGCCCAUCAGAUUAAAUGGGACUUAAUGCUGAGCAGACAGUUAUACAGCGUAUACAUUAUUUUGUUCUAUAGCAUUUAAAUAUAGCAAAUGAGAAUUCAAAUAUCACACAUUCAAAUUAUUAAUGUGUGGUAUUUUGAUCAUUGUAAUGAUGUUGAAUUAUUUUUGUUUGCCGCAGUCAUUGUUAAAGGAGGUGGUACUUGUUUUAUCAAAUUUGUUAACCUUGCAGCAGCAUCACCACGACCACCAUCACUACUGCUAUUAUUUUUAUUGAAAUAAUGUGUGCAUACCAAAGGCUAUGUGAGCUCAUAGACCUAGAAGGAAUACCAGAUUGUAACUUACUCAGAAGAUAAUGUUUAUGUCUUUAGAUAAAGAAUUCAGUGCAAAAUGGCAUGAAAAAAAUUGGCUGAGACCUUUUUGUAUUGCAGUCUUUAGUCAUUCCACUCCAAUUGCUAAUAGAGCUUUCACCUAUGCAUGUAGAAACACAGAGACAGAGUGAAUCAGAAGGGGCCUCCCGGGCCAUCUGGUCUGACCCCCAGCUCCAGCCGGCUCUGCUCAUGACAUGCCUCUCAUGUGCAUGUCUAGCCUAUCCUUGAACACCCUCACUGAUGGGGCUUCAACCCCAUCAGGAUCCAUACCCUUGGGAUCCUAACUGUCAGGGAGUACAUUUUUACCUUAUAUUAUUUGAGCAUAAUCAUAUAGGCUACAUUUAUGUACUCUAAUCUUAUAAAGUGAUGUUCCAAUAGAUUGUAACCUAUUAAACACAGAGGUUAAAGAAAUUGACAGUUUAUAUAUUUUUCCUUGGGUCAUAGCUAUACUGAUUUUUAAGAGUUCACAGAUAUCAGUUAAGUUGUGUUUAUUCUAUGAAGACAGACAUACCACAAAAUUAUAUUCUACAUUGCAAACCCUUGAAUGACAUUGUCCCAUCCGAAGCAUUUGCUUACUCAAUGCAGAGAUCUCAGAGUUGGGGAGCAAAUGUGUUUUGGACCAAAAGGUUGUAGAUAUGCAAAUCAGCAGCCUCAGCCAAUUAGCCAAUGAUAUGCAGUUAAGCAAGUUUGGAGACUUGCAAAGCUAUGUUUUGGUUGUAGCAUUGUUACAUAGUUCACUAUGAAAGACAUGCAUGCAUCACAUAAGUAAUCAAGAUGAUACAGGAUCAAGUUAUACAUGGUGGUGGUAUACCUAUGGGCUUAGCUGAACUUGAUCUGCUCCUGUAUGGUAUGAUGUAGGAGAUGAGUGUCUGAUCUGAGCAAAAGGCAUAAGUAGAUACAUGUAUCUGUACAUUAUAUUAUUGCAGAUUAUUUUUCAAGUGCAUUUCUUUCAGAUGGGCUUUGUUCUAGUAACAAAGUCAUCUGGAAGCAGCAGCAACUAAGGCUUAGGUAAUAGACUUCAAGCAAAUAAACUAGGGGAGAAAAGAUUCCACUUUUCUCACUUCCCUCUUGCUUCUAUCAGGUUUUCUCCAUCCUCCUGGUUUUUAUAUGAUUGUAGCAUAUUAAAACACUUGGUUUUUCUAUCACCCUUCAUAGUUUCAGCUUUACAUAGUGGGGAAAAUAAAAUGGAAAGUGUAGUUGAUACAUGAACGAACUCACAGUUUUUACAAUAAGGCCAGCAGUUAAAAGUAUGAUGUCGUCUUCCUUUAUAAUCUAAAACAGGAAUAAUGUGGGAAUUGGGGUAGAGCACAACAUUUGUCUCUUCUUUCUUCACAAUUCCAUGAAGGCAAACACAAUCAUCACAAAACCUCGCUGAGGACAGUGGAUCUUGCUUCCAAGUAGAGAUGCACAUCUGGAAUUCUAUGCACACUUGCUUGUGAAUAACCCCUAUUGAAUUCAUUGAUAUUAAGUAAACAGAUUUAGGAUUACCCUGAAAAAAAUUCAGUAGAAGUAGUUCAUCUUUUGAAGGUAGAACACAAUAGUUUUAACAGGAAAUCAGCCAUGUGUUUUCUUCUUAAACUAUAUAUUUUUUAAAAAAAUAAAUUAUAAAGUUGUUUAAUUUACAUUUUUAAAAAUAAAUAAUUUCAUUUUCCCCAACCAUCAGUCAGAUGUGAUAAAGCUGUCACUUAUGACAGCAAGAUAUUACCAGUUUAUUCUGGGCUGCAUCAUAGUUGAGUAAACUGGCAAGUUAUAUUUUAUAUUAUAUAUAUGUGUGUAUGUAUAAAUAUGUAAAUACAUAGACUUGUUACACCUACAUGUUGAAAUUGGUUUUUAAAAAAGUGAUGUAAAUAGUGGUUUCUUUAAUGAAAAAUACAUAUUUUGUAUUCUAUCUAAUGCAAAGGAAUAAACAUUUUAAUCUUUUUGUUAUGUAUAUUCCAUGUAUUAAGUGUAUAUAUGAUCACAUAGGUUUAAAUUUUUUUGCAUGUAUGUAUACAGUUGCAAGUCUGAAAGAAUGUAUAGAAAAUGUUUUAUUUAAAUUGUAAUUACCUGCUGCAUGAAAAAUGCAUGGGGGACCCUAUGCAUCUCUGCAAUGGCAAAAAUGUCUUAAGUCAACCAGAUGUUUAUCAAACAUAACUGCAUUUUGUUUCUGGACAUGACUUCUGCUGUGGUAUUUUAGCUUUGUAAAAGAAUGUGCUUUGAAUGAAAGGGUCUGGAAAAAACUCAACUUUUUUUUCUUUUUAAACAUAAAAAGGCACCUACCCUCAAAUGCAAGCAUCAUUCACUUUUUGAUUCCAUUUCAGACUACUGAAAUUCUAUUAUAGUAUUGUUAAAUAGUGUAAUACUGGUUUUCAUUGCCAUGCAUAAGAAUUAUGGGGUUUAUGCAAUCUUUUGUUGUGGAGUUUUCACUAAUUUAACUGUUCUCAUUUUUUAAGGAAAUGAUUUAUUCAUGUGAUGUCACAAAACUGUACAUACUGCAGUGUGAAGUUUUUUUUAAUUCUUUCAGUGUUUACUUCCUGCAGAAAAUUUGAAUAAAUGAGAAAAAUGCAUCGAA